CUUCAGCCGGCAUUGACAUCCCCACGGCUGUCGCAUCAACAUGGCCCUCCGCCGACAGAAUCUCUCUCCCACAGCGAACCUCCUCCGCAACUCUCGCCUCUUCUCGCUGCCGGACCCCCUCCCACGUCCUGUCGUCGCCUCUCAAGUCUUCGGCUCUGGCACCACCAAGUCUUCCGAUACCGCAACCCUCCCUUAUCCUACACACCAGGCCAUUGCUACAACUCCAAGCUCCCUUGCACGAGGUGAUUGGGGUUUAAAAAGGCCUCUACCAUCGCGAUCACAUCUCGUACAGUCGAGCAAGCCAGUCGUGAGGAUAAAGCAAUUGGAUACAAUUGAGCAUGUGACCGACUUUGAAUCAGCGAGCGACCAUGUGCGGACAAGAGAAAAAUUUAUCGAGAUGGGCACACCCAUCGUACGAGGCGAAACAGGGAACACGGACACAUCCGGUAUCAGGAAGAGCGCGUUCGAAGAAGCCGUAGAUGUCACAAAUUACGACGGUAUAGAUGCAUUAGAUGAAGCCGGGAUGUUCUUCGAACAGUUGAAGCAAAAUGCAGAUAAUAAUGCAAGCGAGAAUGAAUUCACACCCACAGCCCGUUCCCACAAAAGCCCCCCUCCACCAACCAGCAUCCGCUGGAAACAUGGCGGACCCUGGAUACCAGGUAUGAGCGACAUGGAAUUCAAAACCUAUCUCUCCAAAGAUCUUUCUUCCCGCCAGGCAGAAUUCACCCGCUAUCUCAUCCAAUGGGUAAAAGAUAAACUCUACACGCAACGCACCGCUGCAUUCCUCAACUCCUCCACCCACGCCCUCGACCCUACAGAAGCCGAAACACAAUACACUGAAAAAGAAAAAGAAUGGAGUACCUUUACCCCCUCUGACAUCUCCACCGAAAUCCGCAAUCUGCGACGCCAAUGCGCAUCCAAUCCCCUCAACUCCGACCUCUUCCAAAAACUCAUCAUCCCCUUCCUCCGGCUUCCCCCCAUGCGUGUAAAAUCUACGACCUUCUCCCCCGAUGUUCUUAAAACCCUCCGCGGGGAGAAAUUCACAGACAACACUACCCCUAUCUCCACACACCCGUCUGCGGGUCUCGGCUACCUGCGAACCAAAGCCUACAUGGCAAACCACCCGAUCCUUGGUCCCCAACGGUAUCCACCCCCCAUCCAAGCGCGCGUCAUCCAACCGCGGCAAACUGGCGUCAUGAAGGAAUCCCAAGCACGUCUCGGUGUCGCUGGUUUCGUGACGAACGAUGAAUACCGCGAUGGCGGCAAUCCAGGAAAAUCAUACAACCGUAAUAAUUCCGACGUUCAGUUCCUAGACAUCGUAACGCCUGGUGGUUAUAAACUGGAAGUUGAGCCGGAAUUCGCGGCCGUGGGUUCCGACGGUAGGGUGAACAUCAGGAUUCAAAGGAGGGUGGGGGAGUCAGUGCAGGUUAAGCGGGGAUUGUUGGUUGAUGUGCCGCCGAUGCGGGAAACCACAUCAUCUUCUGACGUAAUUAACCCGAAGAGCUUUGGGCUGGGGAAGAGUGGGAUAAGGGAGCUGGAUGCGCAGGGUGAAGCGUUCGGGGAGGCAGAGACAGAGGCAGAUAGCGUAGAUUUAGACAGGGCGACCAAGGCAUUUUUUGAGAAUUUGAAGGGCUGGGAGGAAAAGAGGAAUGAAUAGUGAGGUUACCAGAACCCCCAGCGCCUUUGUAUCCCACAAAUCCUACAUGG